AUGGCAUCGCAGGCUCGCUUGAGGAAGGGCAAAGGUCCGAAGAGCCCACCGGAAAUUGAUGUAGACCUGCCGGAAUCAGCUGCAGUGGCAAGAAUAGCAGCAGGGCUGCCCACUCCCAGGUCGACAUUGGGAUCGCCGCUGAUAUCUCACGCUACGUACAAGAGGUCGGGCGUGGGGGAUCUUGCGGCUGGUCCACGAAGGCACAUUUCUUUGUCCCAGGUGGAACUGGGCUCAUGGCUCUGCUGCAUGGCUCCCGUGUUCAUCUUGUUCUCCACAUAUGGGUCAGUUCUGCUGUCCACUCUGUUCUGGACAUACCUUGCAGAGCUGAUUUGCGCAUGCUUGACCCUUACCACCUCGCUCUGGAUUGGCAAUCUUUCCAUUGCCACCUUGCGGGGAAUUCACCAAUUGAGAGAGGCCAGCAGCAUCGACUGGCAUGAACGUUUGCGUCAGAUCCCGGAGGAGGAAAGGAGCGGCGUAAAGCACAUCAUUCUGCUGCCAAACUAUAUGGAAAGUGAAAAGAUGUUGAAGGAGACACUCGACUACCUUGCCCGCUCAAAGUUAGCGAAGAACUGUUUGCAUGUUGUUUUGGGCAUGGAGGGCCGCGAAGGUCAGCCAGCCCGUGCCAAAGCGGAGAGGAUCAUCGCUGAGAAGAAGCACCUUUUCGCUGACAUCUUUGCCACCUACCACCCGCAGGGUCUUCCCGGAGAAGUUGCUGGCAAGUCUUCCAACACGCAAUGGGCUUUCCGUGAGGCACUGCGAAGAUACGGGGCAUCGCUGUCCAAGCGAGACCUGUCGAAAGUCUUCCUCACUGUGGCUGAUGCAGACACGCUGCUCCAUCCGAACUACCUCAGCGCCAUGACAUACCAAGGACUCAUGAUGGACAAGGAGGAAAGAUCCUGGACCAUCUGGCAGCCCCCUGUCAUGCUGCUGCGCAAUCUGUUCAACGUGCCGGCCGUGACUCGGGCAACAGCCCACGGAACGCUCGUCUUUGAGUUGUCGGCUUUGGCAUGGCAGCGCAUCUUUCCGGCCUUUGCCUAUUCCUCGUAUUCGAUGACACUUGCAUUGGCCUCCCAUCCUGAAGUGGAUGGCUGGGAUGUGGAUGUCAUUGCAGAGGAUCACCACAUGUUCUGCAAGUGCUUCUUUGCAGCUCUUUGGGAGCUGUCGCACGCCAAGAAGGAGCAUGCAAAAAUUUCGAACGGCAACGAUGCAAACGCAGUUCAGAUCGUCCCUCAAGUCAAGGUUCAACCCGUGUUUUUGCCAGCUGUUUCAUAUUUGGCCGAAUCGCCAGAUGGUUACAUGGCGUCUCUCAAAGCCCGCUUCCAACAGGCCAGGCGUCACAUGCAAGGACUGGUUGAAAUCGGCUAUGUCUGCUUGCAAUGGGCACGCCUGUCCAUGAGUGCUGGUGCCAAGAACAUUCCAUUGCGCACGCACCUUUCCAUCUUUCUGAUCUUCUUGAAGAUGAACAUUUUGACCAUCACUUGCACAUCGCAAUGUUUUGCAUUGAUCUUGAUGGCUCUCGUGAAGAUCGUUCCGAGGAUGGGGAGUCUCGUGGCCUACCUUGUGCAAGUUGAGCUGGGCCAGCUACAACAGGACGUUGGCACAUACGCGGCGUCCAUGAACAGUGCCGAAAAGGCUCUUGCGGCAGGGAUCAGUCAGAUCUCCGGCGUCAUGGUGCUCUACACCGCUGUCACCGCAGCAGUCAUCUCCGACAUGGUGGAGGGACGGUACUACAAGAAUCUGCAGCCAUGUCCCACUCAGACCUCGACGGAAACUGCUACGGAAGGUGAGGCCGAACAGGAAUCGCAGCAGCCUGCGCCUUGUUCCGAGUCUCGCUUGGAGAUGCCUGGGCUGAAAGAAGGUCCGCGUUCCUGGCUCUGUCGACUUGCACUUUUUGCUUACAUCUUUACGGACAACACCAUGUUUGGUUAUCCGGCGAUACUUGUCUUUGCUGUUAUCCCGGUGCUCAUGGCAGGAUGGUCGCUACUUCGACGCGGCACCGACUUCGAGUACAUCGUUGCUUCGAAGCCGGAGUGA